UGCUCAUCAUCAUCAUCUUCUUCUUCUUCUUCCUCUUCAUCAUCAUCAUCUUCCUGUAUCUCUUCUAUACUUUUUUUUUUUUCCUUCAUCCUCCAUUUCAAUCUUCCAUGGAUGCAAAACUUAGAAAACCCUUUCUUAAACAAUCCUUUGAAGUCACUGGUUAAUUACUUUUUGUGUUUUUGACAGUUUUUUGUUUUAAGUUUUUGGGUAACCCUAGAUGUUAGAGCCAUGGACAUAACUCCUACAAGCACCAACCCACUUAGUAAUACUACUACACCAAAGUCUCCGGAACCGGAAAGUGAGACACCUACCCGGAUUCUGCCGUCGAAAUUUACCAACGGUGUCCUCAAGCGCCACCAUGCUCAUCACCAUCACCACGCGCCACCUAUAGUCAUCACCUACAAGGAAUGUCUUAAGAACCAUGCUGCCACCUUGGGUGGCCAUGCGCUGGACGGAUGCGGUGAGUUCAUGCCGUCUUCCUCUGCCACACCCACCGACCCGACCUCACUCAAAUGCGCUGCCUGUGGGUGCCACCGUAACUUUCACCGCCGUGAGCCGGAUGACCCGCCGUCGACCACCAUCACGGCUACCAUCGAGUACCAGCCUCACCACCGCCAUCACCCGCCUCCGCCUGCACCAGCGUCGCAGCGCAGCCCCAACUCCUCUUCUCCCCCGCCGAUCUCCUCCUCUUAUUACCCUUCAGCGCCUCACAUGCUCCUCGCGCUAUCAGGAGGCCUCUCCGCACCCCCAGAUGGUACUAUUACAAAUUCCCAUUUUCCGGCCAACCUCAACCUAUCCGCUGGAGGGGUAACAAACGCCGGACUGAAUUCUAAAAAGCGAUUCAGGACGAAAUUUAGUCCGAUUCAGAAAGAGAAGAUGUUCCAGUUCGCGGAGAAAGUCGAGUGGAAGAUGCCGAAGCGAGAUGACGAACUGGUGCAGGAAUUCUGCAGCGAGAUUGGAGUUGACAGAGGGGUAUUGAAAGUCUGGAUGCACAACAACAAGAACACCCUCGGAAGAAGGGAUUUGAAUGGCGGCAGUGCCGGUGGCAAUGACAAUAGCGGCAGUGCCGGCGGCAAUGACAAUAACGGCACUCCCAGUAGCAGACACAACAAUGACAACAACCCGACUCAUGAGAAUAGCACCAACGGGCAGAAUCUGAACCAUCACUUUGAGACUGAUAACGUCGCGCAUGUAGCCACUAAUGGAUCAUCUUCCUCUUCUUGAUCAAGAUCCAUCCUUUUGAUAAUAAUAAGAUGCUAAAUAGAGAGUAAGGACUGUUAUUAAUUAGCCUUUUUUUUUUUUUUUUAGUUUUCUUUUCUCCUUUCCCAUCUUCUUAAUUUCUCUUUUCUUUUUGUUGCUAAUUAGUUGAAUUAAUGAUGUUCAUCAUCACUCUCUUGAGAUAACAUGGAGAGAUUUGAUCCAAAGAGAAUUGUUUUUCAUCUUCAUUUUUUGUUUAAUUAUUCUUUUUAGGGAUUAUUUUUUAUUUUCCUUUUGGGUCUGUGGAACACAUAAACUUCUAUUUCCAUGCAGUAAAAAAAAUUUAUGUUU